GGGAAUUCAGGGAAUCCAGCCAAUAGGAGUGCGCGGCUGCUGUGCAAUCGGCCAAUGGCGGGGCGUGUAGGGGUUGGAUGGCUUGGCGCUGGGUCCAGGACUAUGGAGCCGCUGGCGUGGGUACAGCUUGUCUGGUGACUGCGGGGCUGGUAAGGCAAAGAAUCCUAUUCUAAGAACACCAUGGUGCUGGGUCCUGAACAGAAGACACCAGAUGAUGAUGCUUCUGAGGACCAUGGGGACUUGGCCCAUCUUGGUGCCAUCAACCCUGCCUAUAGCGACUCCUCCCUCCCACAGUCCACCGGGAGCUCGAAUGAGCCCUUCACCACCUAUUUUGAUGAGAAGAUUGCCGUUCCUGAGGAGGAGUACUCAUGCUUUAGCUUUCGUAAACUCUGGGCUUUCACGGGACCAGGCUUUCUUAUGAGCAUUGCCUACCUGGAUCCAGGCAACAUCGAAUCGGAUCUGCAGUCCGGAGCAGUGGCUGGGUUUAAGCUGCUCUGGGUUCUUCUGCUGGCCACCAUCGUGGGGCUCCUGUUGCAGCGCCUGGCGGCGAGGCUGGGAGUGGUCACUGGGAUGCACCUUGCCGAAGUGUGUCACCGUCAGUAUCCCAAGGUUCCACGGAUUAUCCUGUGGCUGAUGGUGGAGCUGGCUAUCAUUGGCUCGGACAUGCAGGAAGUCAUUGGCUCGGCCAUUGCCAUCAAUCUCCUGUCUGUAGGAAGGGUUCCCCUGUGGGGUGGAGUACUCAUCACAAUUGCAGAUACCUUCGUAUUUCUCUUUUUGGACAAAUAUGGCUUGCGGAAGCUGGAAGCAUUUUUUGGCUUUCUCAUCACUGUUAUGGCCCUCACAUUUGGAUACGAGUACAUCACAGUGAGGCCCAACCAGAGCGACGUCCUCAAGGGCAUGUUCGUGCCGUCCUGUUCCGACUGUGGCACCCCACAGGUGCAGCAGGCCGUGGGCAUCGUGGGAGCUGUCAUCAUGCCACACAACAUGUACCUGCAUUCUGCCUUAGUCAAGUCCAGACAGGUAAACCGAGCCAAAAAGGAGGAGGUCCGAGAAGCCAAUAAGUACUUUUUCAUCGAGUCCUGCAUUGCUCUCUUUGUUUCCUUCAUCAUCAAUGUCUUCGUCGUCUCAGUCUUUGCCGAAGCAUUUUAUUGGAAGACCAACCAGCAGGUGAUUGAAGUCUGCAGGAACAGCAGCAGUCCCCACACCCACCUCUUCCCCGACGACAACUCGACGCUGGCCGUGGACAUCUACAAAGGGGGUGUUGUCCUGGGCUGCUUCUUCGGGCCCGCUGCCCUCUACAUCUGGGCGGUGGGCAUCCUGGCCGCAGGGCAGAGCUCCACCAUGACAGGAACCUACUCGGGCCAGUUCGUCAUGGAGGGAUUCCUGAACCUAAGAUGGUCACGCUUCGCCCGAGUGAUUCUGACCCGCUCCAUUGCCAUUAUCCCCACUCUGCUUGUUGCUGUUUUUCAAGAUGUAGAACAUCUCACGGGGAUGAAUGACUUCCUCAAUGUCCUGCAGAGCUUACAGCUUCCCUUUGCUCUCAUACCCAUCCUCACCUUUACGAGCUUGCGGCCAGUAAUGAGUGACUUUGCCAAUGGAAUAGGCUGGAGGAUUGCAGGCGGGAUCUUGGUCCUUAUCAUCUGUUGCAUCAACAUGUACUUUGUCGUGACUUACGUCCAGGAUCUAGGGCACAUGCUAUUGUAUGUGGUGGCAGCUGUGAUCAGUGUGGCCUAUCUGAGCUUUGUGUUUUACUUGAUCUGGCAAUGUUUGAUUGCAUUGGGCAUGUCCUUCCUGGAUUGUGGGCGCACGUUCCUGGGACUGGCAGCUCAGCCUGAACUCUACCUCCUGAACACCAUGGAUGCCGACUCACUUGUGUCUAGAUGACCGGCAGCCUGAGAGACUGUGUGCGAACCAUUUUCUCUUAGUCCGUUUGUGCCCAGGGCCCUGUUAACAUAUCUCUGUUAGUUCAGAGGUGAGUCUUGUUCAAUGUUCUGAACAAAAGGCAAAGAUUUCCUCAUGGGAAGGGUGUUAAAAGCUAUCAGCUGUUCAGUGUAGGUCAGAGACCCGCCCACUCACGGCAGUCCUGCCACGGCCAGAGUCAGUCGAUCGCCUGCGAGGGCCGCACCCCCUAUGGGCUCGUGCCUCAGCUGCUGCGAUUUAAAAAACAUAUAUGUGUAUGUACUCAUGUAAUCCUGAACGUGUCAGUUUGGGUCGAUUUUAAGAUGACAAAAAUUGAUAGGUCUUUUGUAUUUUUAAACAACAUCUCGCUCAGACAAAUGAGAUAUUUGUUUUGUCUGGAGCGCAAGUGAAAAAAAAAAAGGGCCUCAUGCUCUUCUUCAGCGGGAACUGGUCACACUGACUUCCCCCGUCAAGUGGUGCUCGCCGACGGCCGGUCGCAUUUCAGUCAGCUUUCCCCAGACCCUCAGGAACUACCGGUACUAGCACAUGAUUUCUACAGAAAACAUUUCUUACAUUUAGCAAUCAUAUUUAAUCCUAGUUACCAGUGUGCUUUACAAUUGUUAUCCUCUGUCGCUUUUCUUGAAUUUUUUUGAGAUAUGAUGGUAUUUUCCAAAGAGCUUAAUCCCUGGUAACAAGAUCCAGAAACUAAACUUGAAGCAACAAUCAGUUCCCAGGCUUCGUCGGGUGAGGCAGCCCAUUCUAGCAUUCGGCGGGGUCAGGCGUGAAAAGAAGAAACGCCUAGUAUUUAACUGUGUAAGCCCCAACAGAACAUAAUGGAGGGAUUCGUUUUCUUUUCUUCCCGCUUUUCCCAUUAGCACUCCAACAUCAUUUCUAGGUUCAAAGCAUAUUUCUAGGAGUGGCUUAUAUUUCUAACGUCCUAGAGAAUGCUAAGCGUUUUAUUUCAAGGUAUUUAUACCAAGUAAUAGUAUGAAAUUAGAACCAGGCUGGUACUUGGAAGAUUAGCCCACCUGUCACCAACUGCCUGCCUCCAUGUGGGUUAUAGAGUUUUUGAGCCCCCUUCUUAACCAGGAUUGUUUUUCUAUACAUUUUUUACAAUAAAAAUUUAAUAUUUAAAAA